GUCGGACAGUGGACGUGGCAGCGAAAGCAUCGAAUAAGCGAGACUGGAAUUCAAACUCAGUUCGCAAUUCGCAGCAUUUGAGCAUAAUUAUCAAGAUGUGGUUGGCCUUGCUAUUAGCUGCUUUGAUCUUAUUGCUGGCCUGGGACUUUGAGAGCAAGCGCCAUAGAAAUGUCACCUUGAAACGAUCGGGUAUUACUGGACCCCGUUCAUUGCCACUGAUUGGCUGCGGGCUUAAUUUACUGCAUGUGGGCUCAGAGAACGCAAUAGAUUAUAUUCGAAAUUGUUUUGAUAAAUAUGGUGAUACAUUUCACAUAUGGAUACUGAACGAGUCGCAGGUGUAUACCAAGAAUAUCAGUCACUUUGAGGACAUAUUGAGUAGCACCACUUUGCUGGAUAAGGGUCAGCUGUAUCAGUUCCUACGCGCCUUUCUCAGCGAUGGACUGCUGCUAAGCGUGUUUCAAAAGUGGCACUCGAGGCGCAAGGUCUUCUCAACGGCAUUCCACUUCAAGAUAUUGGAGCACUACGUGGGAAUUAUGGACAGCCAGAGCGCCAUCUUGGUGGAGAAACUAAAGCCUUUUGCCAAUGGAGAGCAUAUAGUGGAUACGCAUCAAUAUGUCUCACUGGCAGCUCUGGAUAUCGUAACAGAGGCUGCCAUGGGCGUGCAGGUCAACUCACAAUGUAAUCCCGACUUUCCCUACAUAAAGGCGUUGAAAAGUGUUGUGAACAUCCAGACGGAUCGCUGGCUCAAGUUCUCACAGCGCUACAACUGGCUUUUCAGACUCACAGCCCCCAUAUUGUAUAAGCAACUGCUGAGUGAUAUUCGCAUUAUGCAUGACUUCACCGACAAGGUCAUUCAUGAGCGACGAGGAGCAGUAGAGCGCUCCAAGGCCGAUGGCACCUACCAGUCGAUAUGUGUGGGUGAUGCGGAUACGGGCAGCAAGCCAAAGAUGGCACUGUUGGACAUUCUGCUGCAGUCUUCCAUUCAGGGCGCCCCGCUGAGCGAUGCGGACAUACACGAGGAGGUGGACACUUUCAUAUUCGCAGGCGAUGAUACCACCAGCAGCGCAGUCUCGCAUGCUCUAUACUGCAUCGCCAGACACCCCGCGGUGCAGGCACGGCUAUACGCAGAGUUGGUACAGGUGCUGGGCAGGAAUCGAUCGGCGCCCGUUACCCAAACCCAGCUGAUGCAACUCAAGUACCUGGAGUGCGUCAUAAAGGAGACAUUACGAUUGUAUUCACCCGUACCAGGAUUUGGUAGAUUUACCACCAAGGAUCUGCAGAUAGGCACACAGACAAUUCCGGCCAAUACCAGCAUCUACAUGGUGCCGUACCUGGCCCAUCGCGCAGCUAAAAAUUUCCCCGACCCGUUGAGCUUCAAACCAGAGCGCUUUGAGCACGACGACGAUCGACUGACCUUCUCAUAUAUACCAUUCAGUGCAGGGCCUAGGAACUGCCUUGGCCAAAAGUUUGCCAUGCUCGAAAUGAAAACGAUGAUCAGCAAGGUGCUCAGGUACUAUGAGCUGCUGCCUAAAGGACCUGAGCUAAAGGAAAUUAUGAAUUUCGUACUGCGCUCGGCAACGGGCUGCAAUGUAGCUUUGAAACUGAGAAUGGAUUAGGUUCGACUUAUAAGCAUAUGAAUUGUGGUUUGGGUAUUGAAUGCUAGGUAUAAUAAUAUAUCAACAAUUCAUUCAAUACCCAACUUCAGACGACGACUCAUAUAUUAGGUUCAACAUAAGUAAGACAUCAGUUAUGCGUAUUACUUUUUAUAUACUCAAUGCUGAGCUCAUAUUUAUUCAAUUGUGACGAUAACACCUCAAAUCACAAUCGUUGUCAAGGGUUGGGUAUGUAUUGUUGAUCUAUGAAUUGUACAUAUAAUCAUAAGGAAUAUAUAAUUUAUACGUAAUAAUUUGUAUAUACUUAAGGCCGAGGCCAUAUCUAAUUGAUUGCGACUAUAACACCUCAUCAUAACAAUGCGUAAAUCACAUGCAUUAUAUUUUAUUUUAUAGUGCACCAUUUGAGUCAGAGUACCAAUAUUUGUACAGAUUAUGAGCUUAGGCGUCACUAACGGCGGAAAGACACCCCCAGAAAGACCCACUUCGAUAUUUGUAUAGCAAAUCAGCACAGCAGUCAUAAAUAAAAGAUUAUCUUAAUGGGGGAAAAAAGAAUAAAAUAAACUGUGCAAAGUAAUAUAUAGAAAUAUACU